AUGCUGGGAGAGGGACUGCCAGAACCAGAGGCGGCUCCAGGGGAAGAUGCCCUCUACAAGCACUUCCUCAUGCGAGGGGUGAUAGUACCGAAGAUUCUCACUUUUGACGAGGCUUCCAAGUGCUUGAGCAAUCUGGGCAAAGACGAGAGUGGAGUCAGAUACGCGUAUCUCAUGCUUUCUGCGACAGACAUGAAGCUGACCGACAUUUCCAAGAUAACCUGUUUCAAACACGUGCUAUUCGUGGACGUUAGUGGCAAUUUUCUCGAGUUGGGUGCCCUGCAGAUUCUCUGCGAAAUGCCCUUCCUGAUCCUGCUCAAAGCGGAGAGGAACAAGAUAACGUCCGCUGCGUUGGAUCCCUGUCCCUACCUCCAGGUCCUGGUGCUGAAUAAGAACCAAAUCUGCGAGACCGACAACAUCGGUCAACCCUACCUAGAGACCCUGGACCUGAGCAACAAUCUCAUCUACGAGGCUCGUUUCCAAUCAGAAAAUCUGAAGGAACUGAAACAGCUGGAACUCGUGGGCAACCAGCUGGUGGAGCUGGCAGGGCAAUUCCCCACCUCUCUGGAGAAGAUUUAUCUUGCCCAAAACAGAAUACAUAAGAUCGUUGCUUCUGAUCUAUCGAAAUUGGUGAAUUUGAAAGUCCUGCACCUGAGAGAAAACAAGCUACACAAGUUAGAUGGCUUCACCGAGGACCUGAAGAAUUUGACGUAUCUCAAUUUGAGGAGGAACACAGUGAAACAACUGAAGCAACUGAUGAAACUCAGAUGCCUCCCGAAAUUAGAAACCCUCAUCUUGAUUGACAAUCCUGUGAUGAAUAAAAAGGAGGCCGUAGGGGAGGAAGAAGAAGAGUUGGAAGGAGAAGAAGACAAAAAAGACUAUGUCAGAAUUUCCAUCUUGGCCAUGUUGCCGAAUUUGAAACGAAUAAAUAAGGAGGUUGUCCGUUUGGAAGAAAGAGACGAAGCCUUUUUCAUCGGAGAGGAGAAAAUACAAGAAAUUAUGGGAGAGGAAAGCAGCGACGAAGAAAGUAUCCUCAUCACUACGACAGACAUGACCACAGAAUAUACGACCGAAACAGAAACUGAUGCAGGUUUUGAGGGAAUGGAAUAUGGUGGUUAAUCAUAGAAUUUUCUGAUUGCGUUUAUCGUUUAUGUUACGUGUUUCGCGAUUGAUUGAUAGUAAUCACAGAAAAAUAUGAUUUUCCGACAGUGGGCGUGUUCCAUGCUCCUGGAUUUCCUUUCAGAUAACGGUUUCUAUGUUAAUAUGUUGGAAAAGGUCAAACAAUAACGUCUUUACCUUGGAAAAUUAGAUAAAAUCUAUUCGGUAGAAAUAUUGCGAAAUCGCAGUUUAUAAUCAUUUAUCCAAGUCUCCAUCAGAAAGAUGGAUUUGAUUUCUUAUAUAUAAAUUAUUUGCUCGCAUCCUGGAAUUACCAUCAAUCAACCUUGCGAUAAUUGGGAUUAUAUUUAGAAACCACGCUACGUCCUGUUUUUUCACCUAGAAGAAUUUUCUUAACUUGCAAACUUUUUCGCUAUCUGCCUCUACACAACAUUACGAAAUAGCCGAGUACCCACAUAGUUAUUUCCACAUGAAUGGAACACACCUCUUCUCAUUAUUUCUAUGACUCUUCGUUUAUAAGCGAUCUUAGCGAUUGUCAUUAAGGAAAACUGAUAAUAAAAAAGGUUGUGUAAA